UGAAGAACAGUUCGUAGGGGUAAAGGACGUCUACCAAGGCGUUUUAUUUUUUUCAGCUCACAGAAAGUUCGGUCGAACCUAUCCGACCGACUGACUUUCUGUGAGAAACUGACAACCUGAUCUCAAUAUUUUUAUAUUCUUAGCCAAGACCAGCCACCAAAGGCCUUGCAAAAAUAUGGAUAUUCGAGAAUGCCUAUUGCAAAAGAAGAGAAGACCCUGGCGCGUGGACCUUUCCUCCUUCGCCUUGGUGACCCUGGCGCUCACGCUGUUCCAGGCGCCCCUGGCUCGAGCAGACCCGGUGGAUGUGUUGCAGGCACUGCAGCUGCCCUCCCUCCCUGAGGGGGUGCGGAAGGUUCCGGGCUUCUGCACCUCCCGCCGCUCAGGCCCUGCUGACCAGGCCUACCGCAUCACCAAGAAGGCGCAGAUCUCCGCCCCCACCAAGCAGCUCUUUCCGGGUCGCUUCCCGGAGAACUUCUCCAUCAUGGCGCUGGUGAAGGCGCAGGCGGGGCUGCAGGCCUUCCUGCUGUCCGUGUACAGCGAGCAGGGCGUGCAGCAGCUGGGCCUGGAGCUGGGCCGCUCGCCCGUCUUCCUGUACGAGGACCAGACCGGCCGCCCCGCCCCCGAGGACUACCCGCUCUUCAGGGGGAUCAACCUGGCCGACGGCAAGUGGCACCGCGUGGCCCUGUCGGUGCAGAACAAGAACGUCACCCUGCUGCUGGACUGCAAGAAGCGCGCCACCAAGCCCCUGCCCCGCAGUGACCGCCCCACGGUGGACACCAAGGGCAUUACCGUGUUUGGGGCUCGAAUCCUGGACGAGGAGGUGUUCCAGGGAGAUAUCCAGCAGCUCCUGAUCGCGUCGAACCCCCAGGCAGCGUUCGAUUUCUGCGAGCACUACAGCCCGGACUGCGACUCGCCCCUGCCCCAGACUCAGGCCCAGGACCCCAACACCUACUACUUUGAUGAGGAACGGGAUGACUAUGAAUAUCCUUACUAUUACGAAGACACAACUGGCAACCCCUCCUCCCAAAAAACCUCCCCCUCCCCCCCUGCAGAGCACCCCACAGAGCAGGACAUAGAUCCUGCCCAAAGUGAGGCUGGCCCCACCCCCACAGAGGCGGAUUAUUAUUACACCUUAGAGGAGGAGGAGUUCCAUCCAGAGAGUGAGGUGGAGGACACUGUGCUAGAGGAGGUGGGUUUGACCAAGGCGGGCGAGGUGGCAGGUGGUUCUCAGGCUCCAGACGAGUCCUUCAUGGAGGAGUAUAUCACCGGAGAUGUGGGCUUGAAGGAAUAUGACUAUUCCUACAAGGACUACAACCAGCCGCUCCCCGACAGCGAGCCCGGCUUCCCCGACAGUCACAUGGGUCCCGCGCUGUCCGCCAUCACCGAUGAGGGAGGCGCCGCGGUAAGAGCCCAGAAAGGAGAGAAGGGAGAUCCUGCUGUCCUAGAACCUGGCAUGUUGAUUGAAGGGCCCCCAGGACCGGAAGGACCAGCGGGUCUCCCUGGCCCUUCUGGGCCUUCGGGACCCCCAGGUUCUGUGGGUGAUCCUGGCGAGAGGGGACCGCCCGGCCGUGCAGGACUGCCUGGAUCUGAUGGAGUGCCUGGUCCCCCUGGAACGUCUGUCAUGCUGCCAUUCCGGUUUGGGAGCAGUGGAGGGGAUAAGGGUCCUAUUGUCUCAGCACAGGAAGCUCAGGCCCAAGCCAUCCUGUCCCAGGCCCGGUUGGCACUGAAAGGCCCUCCUGGACCAAUGGGAUUCACCGGUAGACCCGGGCCCCUGGGUUCCCCAGGCAGUUCCGGCUUGAAAGGCGAGAUGGGAGACCCUGGCCCUCAGGGCCCCAGGGGACCGCAGGGAUUGUCUGGACCCCCAGGAAAAUCUGGCCGAAGGGGUCGUGCUGGAGCUGAUGGUGGACGAGGCAUGCCUGGGGAAUCAGGAUCAAAGGGCGACCGAGGCUUCGACGGGCUGCCUGGUCUCCCUGGUGACAAGGGCCACAGGGGAGAAGCCGGAGGUGUGGGACCACCUGGACCAACCGGAGAGGACGGAGAAAGGGGAGACGAUGGGGAGGUUGGACCCAGAGGACUGCCAGGUGAACCCGGGCCCCGUGGUUUGUUGGGACCCAAAGGCCCCUCUGGGAUUCCAGGACCCCCUGGCGUACGAGGAAACGACGGUCCCCAUGGGCCAAAAGGAAAUCUGGGUCCUCAAGGUGAGCCAGGACCCCCUGGUCAGCAAGGUACCUCCGGAACUCAGGGAAUGCCAGGACCUCAAGGGGCAAUCGGGCCACCAGGGGAGAAGGGACCCACAGGAAAGCCAGGACUACCGGGAAUGCCGGGAGCUGAUGGCCCUCCAGGUCACCCAGGAAAAGAGGGUCCAACAGGAACCAAAGGAAAUCAGGGUCCCAGUGGGCCUCAGGGCACUAUCGGCUACCCCGGGCCUCGUGGGAUUAAGGGAACCCAAGGUAUCCGUGGUCUGAAAGGACACAAGGGAGAGAAGGGUGAAGAUGGAUUCCCUGGAAUUAAGGGUGACUUCGGAGUGAAGGGAGACAGAGGAGAGGGUGGAGUGUCGGGGCCCCGUGGAGAGGAUGGUCCUGAGGGGCCAAAGGGUCGUGUGGGGCCCCCCGGUGAACUGGGGCCACUCGGCCUGGUCGGAGAGAAGGGAAAACUGGGUGUGCCUGGGCUGCCUGGCUAUCCAGGAAGACAAGGACCCAAGGGUUCCCUCGGCUUCCCAGGAUUCCCUGGCUCCAACGGCGAGAAGGGCGCGAGGGGGUUGAUUGGAAAGUCUGGACCAAGAGGCCAGAGAGGACCAACGGGACCCAGGGGUCAACGAGGGCCAAGGGGGACAACUGGAAAGUCAGGAGCCAAGGGUACCUCAGGCGGAGACGGGCCCGCCGGUCCCCCCGGUGAGAGGGGACUGCCUGGACCUCAAGGAGCAAACGGAUUCCCUGGGCCAAAGGGGCCUCCUGGACCUCCAGGGAAAGAUGGACUGCCAGGACACCCUGGCCAGCGGGGAGAAGUUGGUUUCCAGGGGAAGACUGGCACAGCGGGUCCUCCCGGCGUCGUUGGGCCUCAGGGUCCCUCCGGAGAGACUGGCCCUAUGGGCGAGCGUGGACACCCCGGCCCUCCGGGGCCCCCUGGAGAGCAGGGCCUUUCGGGACCUUCUGGUAAAGAGGGGACGAAGGGCGACCCAGGACCCCCUGGACCCCCUGGCAAGGAUGGCCCUCCUGGGCUGAGGGGAUUCCCCGGGGAGAGAGGACUUCCAGGCACCCCCGGAGGUGGAGGACUGAAGGGAGGAGAGGGACCAGCAGGACCUCCUGGCCCAGCCGGCUCCCCAGGUGAGAGAGGCUCCGCAGGCAGUGCGGGCCCCAUCGGCCCCCCAGGACGACCUGGCCCCCAGGGCCCCCCGGGACCAUCAGGGGAGAAAGGAGUUCCCGGUGAGAAAGGUCCGAUCGGUCCGGCCGGGCGUGACGGAGUCCAGGGCCCCGUGGGGCUCCCAGGCCCCUCCGGACCCCCUGGGGUUCCCGGAGAGGAUGGAGACAAGGGCGAAGUCGGAGAGCACGGCCAAAAGGGAGGCAAAGGAGAGAAGGGAGAGCAUGGUCCUCCUGGUCCACCAGGGCCUAUGGGUCCUCUUGGUCAGCCUGGAGCUGCUGGUGCUGACGGAGAGACGGGCCCCAGGGGACAGCAGGGCCCGUUCGGGGCCAAGGGUGAUGAAGGAACUCGAGGAUUUCCCGGCCCCCCUGGACCUAUCGGACUGCAGGGAUUGCCUGGCCCAUCGGGUGAGAAGGGAGAGACCGGAGAUAUCGGACCCAUGGGACCUCCUGGACCUCCCGGACCCCGUGGUCCUGCUGGCCCCAAUGGUGCUGAUGGUCCUCAAGGUCCUCCAGGUGGUUUGGGCAACCCAGGUAACCAGGGUGAGAAGGGUGAACCUGGAGAAUCAGGACCACCUGGAAUAACCGGGGAAGCAGGUAAAAAGGGCCCUCACGGGGAGCGUGGAGAGAAGGGCGAGGCCGGACAGCCAGGAACAGCGGGACCCGCUGGGGGGAGGGGGCCGGCAGGAGACGAUGGACCCAAAGGCAACCCUGGCCCAGUUGGUUUCCCCGGUGACCCAGGCCCCCCCGGAGAAAUCGGUCCUCGGGGUCAAGAUGGAGCCAAGGGAGAGAGGGGAGAGGACGGUGAGCAAGGACAAGCUGGCUCCCCCGGACCCACCGGUGAGAAUGGACCUCCUGGCCCCCCAGGAAAGAGGGGCCCUGCUGGAACAAGAGGACCUGAGGGACGACAGGGAGAGAAGGGCAGCAAGGGAGACCCAGGUGCCAAUGGACCUGCAGGAAAGACGGGUCCCGUGGGGCCCCAGGGCCCCCCAGGAAAACCAGGAACAGAAGGUCUGAGGGGACUCCCCGGAUCAGUGGGCGAGCAAGGUGCGCCAGGACCUUCAGGGCAAAAGGGACCUCCAGGGCCCAUGGGCCCCCCAGGACUGCCGGGACUGAAGGGAGACUCUGGCUCAAAGGGGGAGAAGGGCCACCCAGGUCUCAUCGGCCUCAUCGGGCCCCCCGGCGAGCAGGGAGAGAAGGGCGACAGGGGCCUCUCAGGGCCCCAAGGAUCCUCCGGACCCAAGGGAGAGAACGGUAUCGCGGGAGGAAGCGGGCCCCUGGGCCCUGCUGGACCCCCAGGUCUUCCCGGUCCUCAAGGUUUUAAAGGAGCCAAGGGCGCUACGGGCGGUGCUGGUCCUAAAGGUGAGAAGGGUGUGCAAGGACCCCCUGGAGCUCCAGGCCCCCCGGGAGACGUCAUUCAGCCGCUGCCCAUCCAGAUACCCAAGAAGUCCAAGCGCUCGAUUGACGCCAGCGAGAUCGCGGGCGAGGCGGAGCUGCCGGCCGCGGACGCCACGGGGGCGGAGUUCCUGACGGGCGCGGACGGCAUGGAGGAGAUCUUCGGCUCGCUGAACUCACUGAGGCAGGAGAUCGAGACCAUGCGCUACCCACUGGGCACCCAGGACAGCCCCGCCCGCACCUGCCAGGACCUCAAGCUCAGCCAGCCCAACUUCCAGGACGGAGAGUACUGGAUCGACCCAAACCAGGGCUGUUCCCGCGACUCCUUCAAGGUCUUCUGCAACUUCAGCGCUGGCGGGGAGACCUGCCUGUUCCCCAGCAAGAGCAUCGAGAUGGUGAAUAUGGACUCGUGGUUGAAGGACACUCCGGGCUCCUGGUACAGUCAGUUUGAGACGGGCAGCAAGCUCUCGUACGCAGACUCUAACGGCGAGCCGGUGGGCGUGGUCCAGCUGGGUUUCCUGCGUCUCCUGAGUGUCCAGGCCCGACAGAACGUGACCUACCACUGCCACCGAUCCGUGGCCUGGGCCGACCGCACUGACAACGGCGGCCACCAGAGGGCGCUGCGCUUCCUGGGGGCCAAUGAGGAGGAGCUCAGCUACGAGACCAGCCCUUACGUCAAGGCCCUCAUCGACGGCUGCUCUUAUCGUAAGGGCUACGACAGGACAGUGCUGGAAGUGAACACACCCCAGGUGGAACAGCUCCCCCUGCUGGACCUCAAGAUCUCAGACUUUGGGGAGGCUAACCAGAAAUUCGGUUUUGAAGUGGGACCUGUCUGUUUCCUGGGCUAAAAGAAGCACUCACACUCUCUCUCUCACACACAUACACACACACACGCACACACGCACGCACAUGGACAGACAGAAAAGGAAACGCAAACAUACUGAUAUUUCAGUGUUACACACAUGCACCACUUAAAUAUAGGAUACAUGAUGCAUUCUAUUUAGAUGAGGAACACACACACACACACACACACACACACUGCAGACAUGCACUCACG